AUGGGUGCUUGUUUCAGCAAGAACACCAAAACCACUGCUCUUAAGCCUGCUUCCCCGCAAUCCGACCUCAAAUCGAGCCCUCAACAACUACAGAACACGAAGAAUGAUCAACAGGUUUUCAAGAAGGAGAUUUUCGUCAUCAAACACCGAAUCAGCCAUGAACUCAAAAGACACGAAGAUGAAGACGACCCCAAUGCGUUAAACCCUAGUUCUACCGCUGGCGACGUUCAAUCUCGGAGUUCCGGAGGAGCUAGGACGAGAACCUCUAGUUGUACCAAGGAAGAAGUGGAUGCGAUUCUGAUACAAUGUGGCAGGCUUAGCCGGAGUAAUUCCUCCGGAUCUCAAAACCCUAAUCGCAGAAGAAGAUACUCUCGUUCCAAGAAGAGCUUUGAUUCCGAUUUGGACACCAGUUUGAAGAAUGAAGAUGGUGAUGAUGAUAAGACUGAAAACGAUGAGGCACUGCACAACCACCACCACCGGCACAGGGAGGAGGUUAGGGUUUCGUCUCCUUCUAGAAUGCGACGCCACAGGUCUUGCAGUAAAGAAAGAAGAAUAAGUAUAUCCCCUAGUAGGAGGUCUGAGUCACCUUUUCGUAGUCUAAACACCGGGGCGACCGACGUCGGCAGUAGCAAUAGGCCGGCGAAGAUGGUUUCAGUUCCGGCAACUAACAAGAGCAACAAUGGUGGUGCCGAACAACCAAAUACCAGUACAGUGAAGAGGAUUCACGUGAAGCGAAAUGUAUCUCCGGCGAGAACACACCUUCAGGUUCUCACCGACAACACAAGCCAAGAACAAAUCGACAGAGGGGAGACUGAUCCUUUGCGUCAUAGAAGGAAAUCGUUAGCAGAGAUUGACAACAACGCCGGUAGAACUCCACAGUCCAGCAACCCAAAAAUGGCGGCGAUGGUUCCUCCAAGAACCCGAAGGUUAUCUCGUGAUCUAGACAUGAAUACAGAAACGAUAUCUGACCCUACUCCACCAUCUUACGCUAGUUUGCUACUUGAGGAUAUCCACAACUUCCACCAAAAGAACAAUAAUAGUGGCGGUGCCGCCACAGCACAACCAGCUUUUGAACUUCCGGCGUGUGUUACAAAAGCUUGCUCAAUCAUGGACGCAGUUGCUGACCUUAAUUCCAAUAACUUUGCUGGUUUCCGGGAAUCAAAUUCAGGUGAACCCAUAACACGAGAGCAGAAAUUGAGCCAAUUGGGGGGAUUUCAGAGAGAAUUACGUGAUUAUUAUCCAAAGAAGGGAAUUGGGCGUGGUUCUCGAAGUGCUUACUCCAUUGCUGAUGGCAAAAUGGUUGCUUUAACUUAA